GUACAGUGGUCUUGCGAGCCAUCAUUCCACCGAAUGGUAGCUAAAGGAAGGACCAUCCAGCGGAUACGUAUGCUUCUAAGCCAUGUAUGACCGACGGCUGACUGAACCGCGAGGCGUAUAGGCAAUUACCUUAAGCGAUCAAAGUGACCCGGAAGGCAGGUUGUUAUGACCGCAUAGGAACUUUUUGGCUGGACUAUGACACAUUGCUGGUUCACAUCCGCACUAAGCUGCUGUCAUGAUGGAUCAUGAAAUGGGGAUUGAAGGCAGUCACGGGGAACUUAGCGAGAGUCCAAGGUCCACCGACGCAGGGAGAGGGAAUACGAUGGCAACGUCACUUUCUCAAUCGUUUGGGUACCCACGAGCUUGUUGUCAUACCACUGAUCUGUGCUCACUCAUUGUUGGCCUCCAGUACUACAACCUUGAGUCUUGACUGGUAUAAAUCCGCUCGUCCGCCGCCACUCCGGACGGUAUAUCAACUCAAGACAUCACGUUGUCCAAAACAAGCAGACAGCUACAAACAAUCACUCUCCUCUCAAUUUAAUAUACGACCCAAAUUGUUUCCUCAAGACCUCGCGACAAUGCAGAUCACCAACUUCUUCCUCACAGCCCUGACUGCUGCCUCUGCCGUCUCCGGCUCACCCGUUACGAAACGUGAGGUUAAGUCAAUGAUGGCCGCGGGUGUCGCGGAAUGGACCAUUGAAGGCUUUACCCGCACCUGCAAUGCCGAGGAUACCUCUUGCGACUACAGCUUCAACAUCAACACCCACAUCGCAGAUCCCACAGCCUGCAAAUUCACAACUACCGGCGCACCUGCAAGCCGCGCUGCCUCAAACACCAAAUGUGGAGCUUUCUCCGUUACAUCCGGCUGGAGCGGACAGUUCGGUCCGGAUGCGGGAUUCACAACCUUCUCUGUCACGGACCAGAAGCUUAUUGUUUGGCCCGCCUACACCGACAAGCAGCUGGUUAACGGCCAGGCGGUAAACCCUGACCAAAGCUACGCUCCCCAGAACUUGCCUUGAUCGGGUCACCACGAUAUUCAAUGGAAUCAAUCGCAGAAGUUUUAUGCCAUAGAGCAUCAGAGUACAGGAUAUGUUAUUAUUAUAGUAAUCGAUUGUCUUUACCCG